AUGGCCAACUCUAACUGCCCUUCUCCGGUAUUCUCAGAUUUAGUUGUGGAAAAGAAGUAUGAUUAUUAUUACGACGUCCCCUUUCUUUUGAUGGAGAAAGUGGUUGAUAAGGUUGAUGAACGUCUUAUAAAGCAUGUUGCUAAAGCGUACUACAAUCCUUCGACCUCUCCACAAGUACUCACAUGGCAAAUUUUAUCCAAUUUAGUCAUUGUAAUAGUGGCUUUUGUUUGUUUAUUGUUGGCUCUUUCAUUUUUGGUCGCUAGUAUUCUAUCAUGCGGAAAGAGUGUGAUAUUUUCAAAGCGAUCAUCUACCAUAGACACGCUUGUAUUCGCAUUCAUAUCACUGGCUAUUAGUAUAGGUAUUACAGCCGUUAGUGUAUACUACUUGUUCACUAGCAUAACACUAAUCUCGGAUGGGCACAAUGUGGCAAAUCUCGAUAUUGAAAACGCUUAUGGACGCGUUAACAAAUUUCUUGGUGAAUCCGCAAAUUCUACAAUAUGUCUGUUUGAUGCAAGAAGCCCGAUGCUUGAGAAAGAUGUCCUAUCUCUAGUACUUAAUGCCACCAAAAAUUUGGAGGAGAUUCAAGAACGUUUUAAGUAUGAAAAUAUCACUAAACUGCUUGCAAUGAAACGAAGAGCAGUAAACACCCUCCAAGAACUAAACAGUCUCAUAGUAAAAUCACCACUCCCGAGGCUAACUAAACUCUCCUCAACAACUACGGAAACGGAAACAUUGCUAAACAGCUGGACAAUAAACAGUACUGAUAUUGACAAACUAAAACAAAUGUCAAAGUCAUUGAAGGAUGAGUUUUUGGCCCUAAUCACCUACAUAAAGAGAGACAAAACUCAAAUUAGCGCAGAAUUAGAUUCCUAUCGAACUCUUAUUAAUGAGACCAUUGCCGACGUCGUACACGAAACUGGACGUUUCAAAGUUGCGGCUAAGGACGUACAACAAGCAAAUGAUAUCACGAAACAAACUAUCAAUUACAUGUUGUUGCCUUUGUUAGUACCCGUUCUUCAGAUUAUUUUUGCGUUAGCUGCGAUUAUAACUUUGAUAAUGAGGUAUAAUAUCAAGUCUGGUAAUAAUGAUGAUAAGUUGUUUGGUGAUACUUUGUUUAAUCUUGCUGGUCAUGGAUCAAUUAUCAUCAUAGCUGUUUUGUUUCUCCUCCUUGCGAGUUUUUUCGCCGCAGCUUACGUUUCUAUGUACCUGUGUAAGGGAUUCACCAAGAACAGCGAUUUUAACGACACCCAUCCUCCAGCAGUUCAUUCGAAUCUCAGUGUGGACCUUAUAGGUGUAAUCCAAGAAUGUCAGAAAAAUAGUUCAAUAGUGAGUGCUACGAAAAUAGAACAAAUAUGGAGUUACGACAUUCCCAGGCUAGAUGAGUUAGUGGGGAAGAUAGGAGUGUCCUUGGGAAAGUGUGAAGUAGAAAAUGACAUACAAUCCUUUGCAACCAAAGUGCAGAAUUCUCUCAAUGAUUUCCAAGAUUCUGUGAAAGGGAUGGACAAAACCCAUUGGAAUAGACUUCGAAAAGGUGAACAAAUUCGGAAGGUCUUUGUCAAAGCAGAAAAGGAAUUGCAUAAUUUUCUCACUGAACUUAAUGCCUCUGCAAAAUCGUUGGGACCUCUGCUGACAACAGCCUCAAGAAAAAAGCUCUAUGAGACCAUUAUCGAAAUUGUUUCAUUCUUGAAAGUGAAUGAAUACGCUACAAUGGAGCAAUCCACCGCUCGUUCGCCGCAAUGUAAACCGAUUGUUGUUGUUUGGACUGUGAUGGGCUCAUCAUAUUGCAGUUAUGUCACUCCUCCUGUGCAAGGAUUAUGGCCAACCUGUGUAAUAUGUGCGAUUGGUACUUUGUUUCUUUAUUUUGGUCUUUGUAUGGCUGGCAGUUACAAAAGAAAAAGAUCCAAAAGAGCAAGAAAGAAAAAACAACAAUUCGCACAGAAAACCACACUUCGACCAAAGCCUUCAAAGAAAGGCAAAAAGAAGGAUAAAACACGAAAAAAGACUUCAAAACAACCACAGAAAAAAAAGUCAGUCAAAAAGGACCAGAGCGCUUCCAAAAAUGUUGAGAAAGAAGAACCGAAGGAGGAGUCAAAGGAAGUCAUACCAGCAAACAAGUCACCAAAAGAAGAUUUAGAAGAGAAUUAUGAAAAAGUGAAUAAAGAGGUUGAGGUUCCAACACAACAAGAAAAACAACCGAAUAAGCCCCAAGAAAAGUCACAUUCACUACCGUCAGACUUAGUUGAAUCUAUUCGAAAAUGGAAACCACCGACAACCACUCUAUUAACUCAUAAAGAGCAACAAAAUAUGAAUCUUCGCACACAAGAUGAGGAAGAAAUUCAUCCACCUCUGCUCCCAUUUGAUCAGGAGCCGAAAAAAUCACGUAGUAAGUCCAUUCAAAAAGGGAACCGGUACCAAUGGAGCAACUGGAUCGAUAUUAGCUAUGCUAUUAAACGUCUCUUCAUUUGUUUGAAAAAAAAAAGACAUUUCGUUUCUGUUUGA